UAUUUUGCUUACGCGCCAAAAACGUCUAUUGCGCGUAUGACCGGGCUGGUACAUACCUACACUUGCGCGCAUUGUGUACUGCUAUCUGUACGCGGCUUGCAGUAAUAGCGCGAGAUAACAGCUGACUUACACACGUUGAGUCUAGACAGACUGUGUAUAUACGUGUAGUGAAAGCUGUAUAGUGUUUAUAGUAGUAAGUGUAUAGAAGUGUUUAGAAGAGUGUAUACAAGUAAAAGAAGAAUAUAUUAUAAAAGUGAUGGGAAGAAAAUACGACAAAACACAUUUGCCUCUCACUCGCCGCAGGAUGUCGCGAAAGAAAGGAUGGAUGAAAAGGCGACAGUUACUUAUCAGUGAGAAGACAAAGCAAGACGUAAAAAACUUGUCGGAGAUGUGUCAAAUUGUAAGUGAUACAGGUAUGUAUAAUGUCGAACAAGAUGUUCGAUUAGCUAAUAAAUUAGACUCGAGAAGCAUUGAAGAUGUUAGUAUGGAAUCCGUCGACUUUAAAACAUCGGAUGAAUUAUUUCCCGAUAUGACGUAUUCAAAUAUCAAAACAAUGCAGUGUCUCGAGUCAAAUACAUGCAUGUAUGUCGAACAAGAUAUUCGUCUUUUCGACGAUAACGAAAAGUUAAUUGACUCGAGAAGCGUUGAGGAUACUAGCGAAUCCGUCGAAUCGGAAGAAUUAUUUCCCGAUACGACGGAUUCGAAAAUCCAAUCAAUGCUGUAUCAGAAGUCAAAUACAGCUAUGUAUUCUGUAAAGCAAAAUGUUAAACUUGGCAUAGAUAAAUGUUUCGAAAGCAUGUAUAUUGAUGAUUCCAAUGACUCCAAAAGCAUGCAUUAUGAUAAAUCCAUUGAUUUUGAAAAAUCGGUAGAAUCAUUUACCGAUACAAUGGAUUCUAAUAUUCAAGUAAUGCGAUGUCUAGAGUCAAAUACAGAUAUAUGCAAUGUAGAAAAUGGUGUCGAAGAUGACAAAUAUUAUGUUAUAGAAAAAAUUAAAAAGAGCUCUAUUGAUAAAGAUGAUAUCAAAGAAAAUUUGCCUGCAGGCCGUCGCAUUAUGGACUUCUCUUUUAUAUGGACUGAGCUGCACAGAAUCUUUGACAGACAUAAUAAAGCACUGGACUGCUCGUCAAUUGAAAAUUUGUUACUUAUAAAGUCUGAAAAAUGUGGGUUGAAAACCCAGCUGUUCUUCCAAUGUAAAAUGUGCAAAACAAAAGCCAGCAUUUGGUCAGAACCCACAAAACCGGAAAUAAUGGACAUUAAUACGGCUGCUGUAGCAGGAACACUUACUGUGGGAACUGGUUAUGCCCAGCUGGAAAAGCAGCUUGCAGUCAUGAAUGUUCCUAGCAUGUCCGAGCCAAUGUACAUCAAGAGUAGAGACAAAUUAGUCGACGAGUUUGUAAACACAUCUAUAGAAAAUAUGAAAACGGCUGGUGAAAUUGAAAAAAAAAUCGCUCUUGAUAACAACGAAGUUAUAAACGGUAUUCCGUAUAUAACAGUUGUAGCGGAUGGUAGUUGGAUGAAAAGAUCGUAUGGUACCACGUACGACUCUCCUGCCGGUAUUGGAGCCAUAAUUGGUUACCGCACGAGAAAGGUUCUCUACGUCGGUGUUAAAAAUAAAUAUUGCAUAAUAUGCGAUAUGGCAGAGCGAAGAGGUAUCGAGCCGAAAACUCACAAUUGCUAUAAAAAUUUUGAUCGCAACGUAAGCUCCACAAAAAUGGAGAGCGAUGCCAUUGCAGAAGGUUUUAAUUGUAGCCUCGAAAUGCAUGGUCUAAUUUUUAAAACGCUUGUUGCUGACGGUGACAGUAGCGUAUACCAAAGUAUUAAAAAUAAUAAUCCAUACGGAGAACAUAUGAUAACAGUUACCAAAAUAGAAUGCACGAAUCAUCUGCUACGUAAUUUAUGUAAAAAAAUUAAAACUGUAGCAGAGAAAACUCGGCCAAAAACAUCCAGACGGCCUGGCUUAAUACAAGUGCGAAAUGUAAUAAAAAACAAAAUUUUAGAAAUACGAAAGGAAAUAACUGAGGCAGCCGCUCUACGAAGACAAGAACGGCAACCUCAACAUCGUCAGGCUAUGGAAUUACAAACAGAUAUUUUAAACAUUCCUAGGCAUGUUUUUGGCGAUCACAAGCAAUGCAAAGAACGUGGCAAAGAGACUUGCGAUGGAGAAGAAAAUUAUAUAGAUUCUUUAAAAUCACAUGGUCUCUAUUUAGAAAUAGAAGAAGCUGUCGAGUAUAUAAGUGGUUACUCUGACAGCUUAUUGUUAAAUUAUACGAAUAACAUUACAGAGUCAUUUAAUUCGUCGAUCUGCGCACAAAUUGGCGGCAAACGUAUUCUUGUUAAUAAAAAAGGUGGUUACAAUGCUAGAGUUGCGGGGGCAGUUUUGCAAUUUAAUACGCAACAAGUAAUUACAGAAGUACAUAAAAGCAUGAAUAAGACUGUUCCGCCUAUUGUCGAGAAGUUGGAGAAGCGCCGAAGAAAAAAAUUAGAAAAAAAUAAAGAGUAUCGACAAAUAGAAGGAAGAUCAAAAAAAUUCAAACAAAAAUCGGGAACAGACUCUUAUUAUGGUCCACACUCGCAAAAACCGGAUCUACCGUCCGAUGUAAUCGAGCAAUUUCGACAAAAUCAUUUUAAAAAAUUGUCCGAAAAUGCAAAAAAUUGGCAAAAAAUUGAACGCGACACUACAAAACAAAAUGAAUCACAACAAUGGCUACAAUUGAGACGUAAAAUGUUAACGGCAUCUAAUUUUGGAACCGUAUGUUGUAAAAGAAUGAAAACGUCUUGCGCAUUGCCUGUGAAAAAUAUUUUAUAUCCUUCUGCUAUUGAAACCGAGGCAAUAAAAUAUGGUCGCGAAAAAGAACCAAUUGCGAGAAAAGAAUUAGUCGAAAUACUAAAAAAAAGAGAUUAA